AUGGCACCGACCCUGGUGACUCUCACGCCUAAGAAGCUGGAUCAACAAUUGUCCUUCGAUACUGCCUCUCUAAAUGGCUCCUCCAGUCCUGCUCAGCCCAGCCUCACUUCCUCUCCUCGGCAAGAUCGCCUCUCCCCUCGAAAAUUCACCUUCACCCCACAGCGCACCAAGACACACCCUCGUGCCUGGGAGCGGCGGCCCGCCACUCCAUAUCUAGCUCGGAAUGAGGCACAGAAGAUCUGGAAACGCGUUCCGCUUGGAUCCAUCACAUCUAAUCCGAGUAACUCAUGGAACAAGGCAGACCGUGGCCCUAUCACGCGACCUGUGAAAAGAUUGAAAAUCACACAGCUCGACGAAGAUGAAGACAAGGAAAACAUUGACUUUGUUGCUUCAAAAUGGGACGAGGAUCGGAAGGAUACAGCUAGUCCAAAGAGGAAGGUCACAGGAUUCACCGCGAUCAACCGGGAAGGAAUCACUGCCUGUUACGUUCGCGAGACAGCAGUACUAAUAGAGGCAGCUUCUGCGACCGCACUUUGUGAUGAUGUUACUACAGAUUCCAACUGCACAGAGAAUGAGGAUCUUGAAGGCCCUCAUGGCGAAAUUAGUGCGCCAUCAAGUGUACUCUUUCCAAUUUGCGACGCCACUAGGAUGGAGUCACCGGAUGGAGAAGAUCUUGAUUUACAGUCUACAGACUCAGCCGAUGAGCCUAUACGUGAAAAUGCUGCGUCCGAAUCAAAUGCAACCAGCGAUGCAUCACUUUUAGCUCCACGGCACUCGAAUACCAGUGAAUUAUAUGCACUACAAGCCAUUACUACGGUAGCAGAGGGUCUCAUGAUGCCAGCACCAACCGAGAUCAGCAAUAUCGCAUUAGCUGGUGAAGACGAUACUGCAUUCCUCCAUGACUUUCUCUCUCGUGCACGUGCGCAGAAGGCCACCAGACAACAGCCAGAUGUUAACGAAAAUCAACAGCAGAUCCCUGGCGCAAUGGAUAUUGAAGAAGAAUGCCCUAGCCCUGCGAGCCCAGUCGAGGACAUCGAAGAUAUCCACCUCAGUGGCUCCCCUCCGGAGCCAGGCACUACAACUCUUCAACCAGAUGUGCAAACGGAAAAUAUUCAACUAUCUCCCUGUCGACGCAGCUCGAGACUCAAUACCAGGUUACCACGACUCCAAAAACCAAGCACCACUCUGCCAAAUAGUAUCGCUCUGAAACGAUUGACAGGAGCCGAAUUUAUUUCUCAGAAAGAGACGCAAUCAGUAGCCUUGAUGACUAGAUCAAACACCAAGCGGAACAAAGGCGUUGCAAAAUCGGUACAUGAGAGGCUCAUCCAGCUGGAUGCCGAAGCCAAAGCUCGAGACCCCACAGCAGUGCCUGUGGAGAAUCGGAAGAAAAGGCGGAGGAAGGCAAAGGAGGUCACCUGGGCUGUACAACUGACUAGAUUCCAAGACGAUACUCCAGUGCUUUGCUCAACAGAAGAACCGGCACAAGCAGCUUUCUCUAUCGCUACAGACCCUGUUAAGGAGAAGCAUCCUGAAAGUGCUCUAGAAUCCGAGGGCACUAGGAGUGAGGAGGAAAAGAAGCAGGUACGAAAGGUUCGCAAACUCAGGAAAUUAAAUGUCGGCACAUACAACGGGACGCCAGCACCCAAAAAGACCAUCAGUCUGCCAGUUCCGGUUGCGCCGACAUCGACAUUCUCUCUCGAGAACUGCAAACAAAUGCUAUCUGCGGUGACCAGUGAGCUUGCAACAGACAACGUAAUUCAGCCUGAAGUUAAGAUGGAUUUGAGUGCGGCAUCUAUGAAAUCUAAGCCUCCACCGGUGGGAUCCGAAAAGCGGUUUCAGACUAGGAUGCGAACUCGAAACAAAACAUGA